CGCCGCAUUGUGUGAAGGAAAGAGGAGCGGAGCGGUUGUGUGGCCGGAUCGGAUGAGUGGCCUCGAGGGAUCGGGGAGGAAGGGUGGGGGAGAGGCCCGAAGAUAGCCGUUCCCCUCCGAGGGAGAGAAAAGGGGAGCCGACGGCUGUGGAAGAAUUGAGGCGGAGGGGCGGCGGAUCGGACAGCGAAGGGCUGCGCUGACAUUGAAACUGAGGAGAUAACGGCCGGGAAGCGGGGGGAGGGGUCAACGGCCGGGAGCACCGAUGUGCGAAGGAUGUUGAUCUGGGCUGAAAAGCUCCUGUCUUGGGACGGGUAGAGGUAGCUUCUGAGGAGGGCAGCAGAGGCGGGAAAACAGGCGCGUUCCGCUUUUCCCUCAAGGGGAAGGGGCUUGGGUGGGGGAGGGGCGUCCGUCGCCAUCAUGGCCUUCGCCAACUACAGCAGCCUGCAGCGCGCCCAGCUCACGUUCGAAUAUCUGCAUACCAACUCAACCACACAUGAAUUCUUGUUUGGAGCCCUUGCUGAGCUUGUAGAUAAUGCAAGAGACGCAAGUGCCACAAGGAUAGAUAUCUUUGCUGAGAAUCGUGAAGAUCUUCGAGGUGGAUUCAUGCUGUGCUUUUUGGACGAUGGAGCUGGAAUGGACCCAAAUGAUGCUGCAAGCGUUAUUCAGUUUGGCAAAUCCGCUAAACGGUCGCCAGAAUCCACACAGAUUGGACAAUACGGCAAUGGCUUAAAAUCAGGUUCCAUGCGGAUCGGCAAGGAUUUUAUCCUCUUUACGAAGAAGGAAAACACUAUGACGUGUCUCUUCUUGUCUCGCACGUUUCACGAAGAGGAAGGCAUUGAUGAGGUGAUUGUUCCGCUGCCUACCUGGAAUGCUCGCACCAGAGAGCCUUUGACAGAAAACAUGGAAAAGUUUUCCAUCGAGACUGAAUUGAUUUACAAGUAUUCUCCUUUCAAAUCGGAGCAGGAAGUGAUGCGACAGUUUGACAAGAUCUUUGGAGAGAAAGGGACUUUGGUGAUCGUCUUCAACCUCAAAUUGAUGGAUAACGGAGAACCUGAGCUAGAUGUGACCUCUGAUCCCCGAGAUAUCCAGAUGGCUGAAACUCCACCCGAGGGAACGAAGCCAGAACGCCGUUCUUUCCGCGCAUAUGCUGCUGUGCUCUACAUUGACCCCAGAAUGCGGAUCUUCAUCCAUGGUCACAAAGUACAAACUAAACGACUCUCCUGCUGCUUAUUCAAGCCUAGGAUGUACAAGUAUACAUCCAAGCGCUUCAAGACUCGAGCGGAGCAAGAGGUGAAGAAAGCGGAGCAUAUGGCUCGGAUUGUGGAAGAGAAGGCCCGGGAAGCAGAAAGCAAAGCCCGUGCUUUAGAGCUGCGGCUGGGAGGAGAUCUUUCUCGAGAGUCCAGGGUUAUGUUGCGCCAGGCUCAAGACUUAGCAAUCACCAUACGGAGAGAGGCAGAUGUUAAAAAGAGGAUCAGGGAGGCAAAACAGCGAGCGCUUAAAGAGCCCAAAGAACUGAACUUCAUUUUCGGUGUGAACAUAGAGCAGCGCCAUCUGGACGGGAUGUUUGUCUACAAUUGCAGUCGGUUGAUUAAGAUGUAUGAGAAGGUGGGCCCACAGCUGGAAGGUGGCAUGGCCUGCGGAGGAGUGGUUGGGGUAGUGGAUGUCCCCUACCUCGUUUUGGAACCGACGCACAACAAGCAGGAUUUUGCAGACGCAAAAGAAUAUCGGCACUUGUUAAAAGCAAUGGGAGAGUACUUGGCUCAGUAUUGGAAGGAUAUUGAGAUCGCUCAGAAAGGCAUUAGCAAGUUUUGGGAUGAUUUUGGCUACCUCUCUGCAAACUGGAACCAGCCGCCAUCAAACGAAUUGCGUUACAAAAGGCGGAGAGCCAUGGAGAUCCCAACUACUAUUCAGUGCGAUGUGUGUUUGAAAUGGCGGACGCUCCCAUUCCAGCUCAGCUCCGUGGAGCAAGAAUACCCAGAUACCUGGAUGUGUGCCAUGAACCCCGAUCCUGAGCAAGAUAGGUGUGACGCUCUUGAGCAGAAGCAGAAGGUUCCCCUGAGCUUCUUGAGAAAAGAAAAAACACAGGAAGAUAAGCAGAAAGAGCUGACGGAGAAAAUUCGCCAGCAGCAAGAGAAACUGGAGGCCUUGCAGAAAACUACCCCAGUGCGUUCUCAUGCUGACCUGAAGAAACUGCCUCUGGAGGUCACCACACAACCUAUGCUAGAGAACGCGGACCUGGGGGGCAAAUCCCAGCGGCCACGAUCUCCCCCGCUGCCAGAUGUGAUCAGGAAUGCUCCACGAAGGCCUCCGGUUCCUCCAUCUCCUUCCAGGCCCAUCAGCUCUCAGAAGAAGGGCCCCCCACCCCGAACCUCCAUCGGCUACCCCAGGGCACAGAACUUGGCGCACCAGGAAGAAUCCAACCUUUCCCGGUUACAGUAUCAUCUGGAAGCUCCUCGGAAAUGCUCCCCAUCCACCUUUGUAAGGCCUCUAUCCAGAUCUGCCUCUCUUGGAAGGAUGGCCCCCGAGACUGUUCAGGAUGCCCGGAGCCAGCUGAGAUCCCCCAGCCCCAAACACUUAAAGGUGCUGCCUCCGCCAAAGAAACCUGCCUUAAUCAAGGCUGCCCAGCUGCCGUUUGGAAGUGGGAAAAGAGACCUCGACCCGUUAAGACCGUAUGAUGCAAAUCUGUCCUCUCCGCAGGCUUCCAAUUCCCGGAAGAGAGGCAUUAGCACGUUGGAGGAUGAAAUGGAGGAGGAGGUUGGACUGAGAAAAGAGAAAAGGAAAGCCGGCAAGCCUGUGACGGUGAAGGAAGAGAAGAAAGACUCGAGCGAGGUGGUCGUUGAACUGACAGACAGUGCUGGGGAAGAGGAAUUGGCACACAUGAAAAGAGCACAGAAAGACAAAGGGCAGCACGUGGAGGUACGAGUGAACAAGGAGUGGUACACAGGCCGAAUUACAGCCGUCGAGGUGGGCAAGCAGAUGGUCCGUUGGAAGGUGAAAUUUGAUUACGUCCCAACCGAUGUUACCCCAAGAGAUCGAUGGGUGGAGAGAGGCAGCGAGGAUGUGCGGCUGAUGAGGCCCCCGUCUCCAGAACACCAAAGCCCAGAUACGCAACAGCAGGAGGAGCCGCAGCAAGAAGAAGAGCAGCAGCAGCAGACGAAUGGUCCUUCUGAACCUUCUACCUCCAACUAUCCCCGAAUAGAGCCAGAUACCACUGGACCCGGUAACAGCCAAGAGAACGCGGACUUGUUAGCCCAGUCCCUACGGAAUUGCUUGCGUUAUUUCUUGCCCCCCAAUUUUCCCAUCUCCAAGAAGGAUUUGACUUCCAUGAGCUGCCAAGAGUUAGUGGCAUUCCCUUUGAAAGAGUACUUCAAACAAUACGAGGUGGGCCUGCAGAACCUGUGCAACUCCUAUCAGACCCGUGCAAACGGUCAGAUCCAAGCCUGCGAGGAGAAAGUUCACAUCCUGGAGGAGAAGGUCAGAGAGACAAAUGACAAGCUUCAGAAACUGAGGACAAACAUUGUUGCUCUACUCCAGAAAGUACAAGAAGAUAUCGAUUUCAAUUCAGAUGAUGAACUGGAUGCUUACAUCGAGGAUCUCAUUACCAGAGGAGAUUGACGAGCCCAGCUCCAGCUUCCGGGUGAAAUCAGAAAGGAACAGAGUUACUGUGUCCUUUGGGUCUCCGGUAGGUGUAGAGCAAGCAGCGCAGACGGAUGGACCAGAGCUCAAGCCAGAGUUUUUAAGAGACAUGUGUCCCUUGUACAAUAUGUCAGUGUAGAACACAUGCGUAUUUUUCUCUUUUAUAUAAUGAAAUUAGCCAUUGUACUGUUAAGGUUUCUAACCUUUUGUUUUUAAAUAUUUGUAAAAAAGAAAAACCAAACCAAAAAAAAAAAAAAACCCUUUUAAAAACUCCAAAAAUAUAACGGUUCACGGAACAAGUUUUA